AUGUUACAUCCAGUCGUUGAUGUUAGUACCUUCAAUGUUGUAUUAUCGGUGCUAAGCACUUAUAUCCUCCUGUUUGGGUUUAUCUCCCUGAAAAUCAAGCAGAGAUGGUACCUCGGUGAAGCUUUGCCUGCUCUACUGAUUGGCAUUGCUUUUGGUCCGGUUGCUGCCAAGUUACUCAAGCCAUCGGAGUGGAUUGAAGAUGAUGGCGACGGGGACAGCGAUUUCACCUAUGCGGUGGCUCGUCUGGCCAUUGGCGUGCAGUUAGUCAAGGUCGGAUACCAGUUGCCCAAGAGGUACCUCAAGGAACGAUUCAAGGAGAUGACUCUCUGCCUUCUUCCACUUACUGCUAUCGGAUGGCUGGCCACGUCGGGUUGUAUCAUGCUCAUGAUUCCCCGCGUCUCCUUCCUGUCAGCUUUGAUCAUCGGCUCCUGCGUGGCGUGCACGGAUCCGAUUUUGUCCCAGGCAAUCGCCAAAGGCCCCUUUGCUGAUAACUACGUCCGGCGUCCUCUGCGCGAAUUCAUCUCGUCCGAGGCGGGUGGGAACGACGGGUUCGGGUUCCCGUUUCUGCUGUUCGCCGUGGCGCUUUUACGAUAUGCCGAGACGCCGGAGAAUGCCGUCAGCUUGGAGGAAUUUGAUCUGGCUAGGGGAAUACCUGAUCUGCUCGGCACGGCGGACACGGGCCGCUUUGGCGGAGGAUUCGCACUCGCCAUGAAGCACUGGGCCAUCGAGGGUGUGCUGUACAUGAUUGUCAUGGGCUCGGCAUACGGUGCUUUUAUAGGCUACGGGUGUCGGAAGAUUCUCAACCUAGCCUCCAGGAGGAGAUGGGUCGAUAACGAGAGUUUUUCUCUCAUGCCUAUGGCCAUCGGGUUAUUCAUUGUCGGCACGUGUGGGUGUUUCGGCUCCGACGAGACAUUGGCCUGCUUCGUCGCCGGCAACGCCUUGAACUGGGACGGGCUGUACCACACCGAGUCGCAAGCCCGCCACAACACAUUCAACUCCACCUUGGAUUCACUCUUGAACGCGGCGAUAUUCAUGUACCUCGGAGCAGUCAUGCCCUGGAGCCAGUUCCAGAUGCCCAGCACAACAGGCAUCACGGUGUGGCGGCUCGUGGCGCUCGGCUUUCUGGUCCUGCUCCUUCGGCGCAUCCCCGCGAUCCUCCUCGGAUAUAGGCUUAUGCCGAAGGUUUGCGGGAACUGGAGGGAGGCCUUGUUCAUGGGAUACUUUGGUCCAAUCGGCAUCGGCGCAGUCGCAUAUGCAGAGUACACACGCCGCUUAUUCCCUGCUCCCGGGGCAAGCGAUCGGGAGAUCAACGACCUAACGGCCGCCAUCACCCCGGUCGUCUACUGGCUCGUCCUCUUCUCGAUCAUUGUGCACGGGCUCUCCGUGCCAAUCCUCAACGCCUUGUACAAGGUCUUCAACGUCCCGUGCAUGCGCGACCACCCGGUGGAAAUCCUCCUCCUCUCGGACAACGAGCCGGUGCCAAACAACAGCACCGUCGCGCCGGGCCGGCACUCGAUGAUCGUGAACAAUCGCUUCUCGCGAUCCCCGAGCCGCGAAGCUGGAGCUGAAGCCGAAGACGAUGACGAACAGGUAACCCUCUGUCGAAGCGAGGGGAGCUGCAGGCACGCUCUGGCCAAGCCUUACAGCUCAGAGUCGAGCAAGACGGACGUGGACAUGAGGGAUAUAGUCUGA